AUGGUCAGAAAGGAGCGUUAUCACAAGGCGAAACUGGAGAAUAAUAAGCCCGUGUUACACUGCAGGUUUGGCAAGAAUAAACCCUGGGUCGACAUUACUUACACAAGAUUUGACGUUGAAAAGCUCAAAUUCGUUGAUAAAAAUGAAAAUGAACAUGGGUUCUUGGACUGUAAAUCAGAGCUCGUUGGUCUGAUUUUCAAGCUUUUCCUCAGCUUCGUCUGUAGCAGAAUUCUGUACGACGGAGAACUUGUUUGGACUUUUAAAUACCACUUCUGGUCCGGACAUCCCCUAAACCUAUGCCUAAACCUGCUGGAGAACGUUUUUUACCUCAACUUCCACAAUAAUCACAAGACACAAAUCAACGUCAUUCCCAAAACAAACUCACACCUCCUCAACAAUAAUAACACUAUUGACAGUAGUAAUACAGUUAAUAAUGAUGAUAAUGUUAAUAAGGUUAAUAAUGACAAUGUGAAGAAUGAGGGAGAUCGUAGGAUAUUGGUGGUGGUACUUGGUGAUCGGCGUGUGGAUGAGAUAUUCUAUAACGGUGAGCAGGUUUGGGACCGUGAGCCUGGUGAGCCGUACCCCGUAAAGUACAUUUCCAACGAGGAAGUAAUGGAAUUUGUGGUUAUCUUCGAUAAUAGUUUCAAGGUUUGUAAUAAAGUUAAUGGCAACUGGGUUAGGAAAUCACAAAAAAUCACCAAAGAACUCAGAGCAACUAUCAAUUCUCUAGACCUACAAAAUUAA